AUGACAUACCUGGUUCACACGGCUCACCCUCAGUUCGUCAGCCUGUGGUUGAGCGUCGUGGGUUGGGUCCUUACCGCGGUGACCCUUGGACUCAUCCAGUGGAGGGUCUGGCACGUGUCCGACUUCAUCACCUCAGGAGAGGCCUGGGUCGGGAUCUGGAGGGUGUGUUUCUAUAGCCAUACACUCGUGACCUCUGGGUUCAGGGUCAUGUAUUGUCAGAGUAUGGCGCUGUCUGACUCCUUCACGCCCCCGGAGGUCGCCACGGCCCAGGUGCUCACUCUGCUAGGGCUGGUCGUGGGGUUCUGUGGGAACGCCYCCGCCGUCUACGCCCUCAGGAGCGUCUAUUUCGGACAGGAGAAGCAGACGCCUAUCCGCUGUGCGUUCGCGGUGGCUGGUACUCUCUGCUUGUUGUCAGCUGUGUGUUUUCUCAUACCUCUCCUGUGGAACCUGAACUCAGUGGUGACCAAUCAAACAAUAGCGUUCCCUUCGAACUUCCACAUGCCCCCUGCACCUGUGACCCAGAACCCGGGGGCAGGUAUCGGGGUCGGGAUCAUAGGGUCGUUUAUGAUGAUCGUCAGUGGAGUUAUCUUCAUCCUCUACAGGUUCCCUGUCAAGAUGGGACCCAGAGUGGAGCCUUCUUGUCCAGAGGCAAGACACUUUGAUGGGUCAAGUGUUGGGACAUUGUCCCCUGGGUCUGUGGGACACAGUAGGGAUAAUCCGAGUAACUCUCAGGCCAGGGACAAUCCUGCCUUCCACUUUGAUGAGCACUUGUGA